AUGGCGGUGCUUAGUCAUGAGUGUAGUGCAAUUAUUCAGAGGAGGACAAUCCCUAGAAGCUAUCUGAUCCAGGGAGUUUCACAUUAUCCUGCACUCUACGUCCUCUUAUGUUUGCAACUUUCAAAGAUCUCUCUGAUUCUUGCUGAUAGAUCAGUUAGACUCCCAAUUGGACUUCUUGAGGAUCUUCAAGUGAAGAUAGGAGACUCUGAAGUUCCAACAGAUUUCAUUGUGCUAGAGAUGGAUAAGGAGUCAAAGGAUCCUCUUAUCUUGGGAAGACCCUUCUUAGCAACAGGUGGUGCUAUUAUUGAUGUAAGAGGAGGGAAGAUAGAUCUCCAACUAGGAUCUGAGGUGUUCAAGUUUUAUAUCAAUGAAGUCAUGAAGAAUCUCAAAAUAGAAGGUCAGGUCUUCUACAUAGAUACAAUGGAGGAGCUUGUAGAGGAACUUCUUGAAGAGUUAAACACAGAAGAUCAUCUCUAA